AUGAAACCCAAUAGACCUUUAUUUGCUCAAUUAUCUAAUACAAUAUAUAAUACUAAACAAACAUUUAAAAAUGAUAACAAGCCAAACUUAGUCACUAGCUUCCAGUACUAUUACAGUUUACAAUUUAAUAAACUAAACUUAGGUGAUAAUACUUCUAUCGGAAUGAUAAAGAAUAUUAGUUACAAUACCAAUUUUAAAAGAUACAUCAGAAAGGAGUGGGAUUUAUUAUCUACUACAAGCAAACGACUGUAUACAGCAUUAUACAUUUAUGAUAAUAAUAUUAACUAUAAAAGUUUAAAUGCUUUUGAAUUAGCAAAAAUGAUGGAAAUUGAAACACCUGUCUCAAGUGAAUAUAUGUUGUUCCGUUGUAAUUUUAAGAAACAUUUCGAGUUGAUAAACAAUGAACAGAAAGGUAAUUCAAUGAAGAGAACUAUCAUUAAUAGAUAUCAUGUAAGUUUACAAAAGCGUAUUCUUGGAGUAAGGAGAAACUCUGGAAUUAAAAUUAAUAAAUAUAUUCAAUCUGAAAAUAAAAAUAUUAGCAGAACAUAUCAAGAAUUUUGCAGGGAGUGCAGAAAAGUCUGGAAGGAAAACGUAUCUGAACUAAUGAAAGAACAACUGAGGGAAAAGUUAAACACCCAAACAAUUAAAUUUGAAAGUGUCAUUGAAAAGGAAAGAGACAUUCUGGAAAUGAAUUUGAAUAGAAUUUCCAACAUUCUUUCAAAAAGUAAGGAUACACAGGUAGACUUCUAUAAAUUAAAAGAAGAACGGCCUGAUCAGCUAAGCAAAGAUCUGAAGUUCACCUUAGCUUAUUUGAAGAAAGUAUAA